AAACUUACCUGGGAAGGCUGGGGAAGGAGGCUCUGGGUCCAUGCCUAACACUGUACCCCGUUAUUCCCCAAGGCCUAUAGCCUGUCACCCCUUGGAGCCUUCUCUGCCUGUCCCUCUGAUCCUUGUCCACCGUCUAUUUAUUGCCCGAUUUAUUGUUUAUAUGGAUCACUGGGAGGCAUUGCCCCACAACCUAGGACCCUGGCUCCCCUUUCCUUGGGUCCUUGUGUUCCUUGCCCGUCCAACCCUGGACAAUUGGCUCUACCUCAGUAACACUUUAUAGCAAAAUCAGUGCAAAUAAAAAUCCCUCAGUGACCUCACUGGGUAUGAGUAUAUUGGGCCUGGGACAGGGCUGGGGGCUAACAGCCUGUGUGAGAUCAGUGUCUUUGUGUCUGUGCUUGAUAUUGGUGGCUCUCUGUAGUCACAUGACAGUAUGGGUGUGAUGGAGAUCUGACUUCAUUCAUUCAACAAACAUAUUUUUUUAAGCACUUCUCUGUGCCAGGCACUAAGCUAGGCACUGGGGAUGUAAUAAAAUAGAGUCCCACCUUCUGAGACUGUCAGGGAGAUGAACAAGAAUCAAGACAGAUGUGAUGUAAUUCAACUAGGAAAUUUCAGAGGGUUGUAGGGUUGUGGGAGCUCAAGUGAGACACUUAACCUGGCCUAAGACAUUCCAGAAGGCCUCCUGAAGAACUGACAUCUGAGCUAAGUACUGAAGGAAGCUGAGUACUAGUUAGUGAGGCUACAAGACGUGAAUAUGUAGAUUGUGAAGGGCAAUGCACAGAGGAGGCUGUAGAAGUCAACCUUGCUAGAUCACAGUGGGGCGUAUGUGGGAGCGUCUGGUUGUUUGAACUUGCUCCAGAGAGGAUGAAGGCUUCUAGAGCGCUGGCUCCUGGACAACAACCUCUGGUGCCUUGUGACCAGGGCCCCAAUACAUUAGAUAGAGCCUUCGAGUCUUGGGGAGUUUGGCGCAGGGUCCCCACGGCGGCUCCCGCCGGUUGUGAACGACCAUCCACUCUCAAGAGCUCCAAGCAAUCGCGUGGCCAGGACACGGCUCACCCGGCCCUUGUGAGCGGUCGCCCCGGAAAUGACGCGCUGCCCUGCUGGCCAAGCGGAAGUGGAGAUGGCGGAGCUGUACGUGAAGCCGGGCAACAAGGAGCGCGGUUGGAACGACCCGCCGCAAUUCUCAUACGGGCUGCAGACCCAGGCCGGCGGACCCCGGCGCACGCUACUCACCAAGAGGGUCGCUGCACCCCAGGAUGGAUCCCCCAGAGUCCCCGCCUCAGAGACUUCUCCUGGGCCUCCCCCAAUGGGGCCUCCACCUCCUUCAAGUAAUCCCACGUCUCCACUUGUGGGGAGUGGUCCUGCCUCUGGUGUGGAGCCCACAAGUUUCCCAGUUGAGUCUGAGGCUCUGAUGGAAGAUGUGCUGAGACCUUUGGAACAGGCAUUGGAAGAUUGCCGUGGCCACACAAAGAAACAGGUAUGUGAUGACAUCAGCCGACGCCUGGCACUGCUGCAGGAACGGUGGGCUGGAGGAAAGUUGUCAAUACCUGUAAAGAAGAGAAUGGCUCUACUGGUGCAAGAGCUUUCAACCCACCAGUGGGAUGCAGCAGAUGACAUCCACCGCUCACUCAUGGUUGACCAUGUGACUGAGGUCAGUCAGUGGAUGGUAGGAGUUAAAAGAUUAAUUGCGGAAAAGAGGAGUCUGUUUUCAGAGGAGGCAGCCAAUGAAGAGAAAUCUGCAGCCACAGCUGAGGAGAACCAGACCAUACCAGGCUUCCAGCAGGCGCCAUAACCAUCAGUUCCCCGGACUCACCUGAUACCAUCUCCUACGCCUUGGAGGCCUUCUCUUACUUGGCUCCCUCUUACCAACGAGACUGUCCCACUGGGCCUGACCCACCUAUGAGGGAAAAGGUCCCACCUGGGCCAGAGGGAGUUCAUGUGUUACUCAUAACAUGCAUUUCAAUAAAAACAUCUCAGUGGUGGGUCUUGGAUAGAUGAACACUUCCUAGGCCAAGCUAGUCCCCUCUGGUGUCCUCGACUGCGCUGCUCCCUGUGCAUCUGCAAAUUACUGUUUUCCCUUCUCCAUUCAUCAGGAAGGGAUCUGCUGGGUACAACCAGACUACUGCCUACCACUUUUUCCCAAGUUAGACUAAAAGCACAUCCUGUGCUGGGCAGAACA